GAGCUUGAUCGGUUGUACCGUCUUCGAGAACCAGAAAGUGUCAAAAAAGAGGAGGGGGGGGGGUACCCUUAAAUGAAUGUGGUAGUCCCACUCAGAAAAAUUGAUUUUUGAUAUUCGACUUGAAACUUAUCUGUACAAAGUUUCCAAAUCAAAAUUCGAAAAUCAAUUUUUUCCUAAGGAGAAACUACUGCAUACAUUUUAAAAAAAUACUAUCUUCUCAGCAAUAAGCUAAGAGUCGAAUUGAUAAGAUAGAUUCACUGAAAACUAUAAUUCUUAGUUUCAGUUCAAACGAAUUUUAUUCGUACACACAUCUCUAAUUAAUAGACUAUUUGUAUAUGUCAUCUAUUAUAUUCAAAAUAAUUUUUCUAUUCUAUAUUAUUUAGGUGAUAUUGCUUGUGGUAUAUUAAUGAUAAUAGCAUUAGGUACAUUAAUUCAUGCAACAUCAUCAUAUUGUACGGCAUUUUUUGGUCCUCGUCAUAAUGUAACAAAUUUUGAUUCAUUUAAUUCUUCACCAGCACCACUUUUUAAUUAUGGUUAUAAAGAUUUAGCUAUGCUUUUUUCUUAUACUCUUAUUUGUAUAACAGCACAUGCUAUAUGGCAAGAAUAUGUUUUGGAUAAAUUAUAUAAAAAAUUACAUUUAUCAAAAUCUAAAAAUGCAAAAUUUUUUGAAUCUGGUCAACUUAUUCUAUUUUAUGUAAUUAGUGUAUUAUGGGGAUUUAUGUUAUUUAAUGAUGAAGGUUAUUUACGUUCAGGUUUAGAAUAUCUUUGGCGUGAUUAUCCAUAUACAGGUAUGACAACAUGGACAAAACUUUAUUUUAUUAUUCAAAUUUCAUAUUGGUUACAUAAUUAUCCUGAAUUAUAUUUACAAAAAGUUCGAAAAGAAGAUAUACCAGCUCGUAUUGUUUAUACAAGUUUAUAUUUAAUAACAAUACUUUAUGCUUAUUUAACACGUUUUUGGCGUAUAUCACUUGUUUUAUUAACAUUACAUUAUUUUAUUGAAAUAUUUUAUCAUGCAUCACGUCUUGCACAUUUUUAUGCAACAACUAAAACAGGUUCAACAACAGCUAAAUCAAUAUCAAUAUAUUUAUUUAAAAUAUGGAAUAUUAUAUUUGUUAUUGGACGUCUUGCAUCUGUUGUUUUAGCAUGGUUAACAUUUUGGUUUGGUUUAAAAACUUCAUCAAUUAAUAAAAUAACAUUUACAACAACACCAAUUACAAAUUUAAAUGAAAAUAAUGGUACAUUAAAUGAAUCAAUUAUUAUAUCAAAUUUUAAUACACCAACUGUUCGUUUAUUUACACUUGUUGCUACCGGUGUUUUACAAUUUUGGCUUGUUUGGAAUUUUAUUCAAUUUCAUAUGCGUCGUCGACGUGAACAACGUAGUACACGUCCAACAGCAACUGCGACUUCACCAAGAGUUCCUAAUAAACUCAAACAAAAACAACAAAGUUUAGCGAAUGGUAAAUCAGACAAUGAUGAAAGUGUUGAACAAUCUGUUAUAUCUGCUGGUAGUCAUAGUAAUAAGAAAAAUAAUUAG